CAGAACUCAUAAAGAGAAGAUGUCGAAGCUCAUAAAAAUCCUUCUGCUACAACUAUUUGCCAUCGUAGCCCAAACAGAUGGACAUUUUUAUGGAGUUCAUAGACGCUGUCUAUACAGCUCUGAGGAUCUACAUGACAUGGUGUUCAUAGACAGUUACAUGUUUAACCAGGUUGUCUAUCUUCAGUACAACAGCACUAUCGGGAAGUUUGUGGGAUACACUGAGUUGGGCAUUAAAAAUGCAGUUAGACUGAACAAUAUUCCUGAAGAACUGCAAUCAGAAAAAGCCAAUUUAGAAAAUUUCUGUAAAUACAACGCUAAGCUUUACUAUCCAGGUGUUUAUGAUAAAACAGUUGCACCGUAUGUUAAAGUGAAGUUAGUGAAGAAGUCAGAUGGUUCCCAUCCAGCCAUGCUGAUGUGCAGUGCUUACAACUUUUACCCCACAAAAAUUGAGGUGACCUGGCUCAGAGACGGUAAGGUGGUUGAGGGGGGCGUAACGUCAACAGAGGAGAUGGCAGAUGGAGACUGGUACUACCAGAUCCACUCUCACCUGGAGUACAUGCCUAAAUCUGGAGAGGAAAUCACCUGCAUGGUGCAACAUGCCAGCUUUCAAAAACCCAUGAUAUAUCCGCUGGAUCCCUCUGUUUCUGAGUCUGACAAAAGUAAGACUGCCAUCGGGGCUUCGGGUCUGGUGUUGGGGAUCAUCCUCUCAGCUGCUGGAUUCAUUUACUACAAGAAGAAAUCAUCAGGACGCAUCUUGGUUCCAACCUAAACACCUUUAACUCUCACUGUCCUUCAAGUGGAAAUAUGUGACAUGGAGAGGAAUUGGUGUUCUUGCUUUUGAUGUUUAAAAGCUGUAUUCUUUCAAAUUAGUCCUUGCUUAUAAACGAAACAUUUUUUUUUUUAGCAAUGUCUUAAUUUGCUCAGCUAUAUCAGUACUACCAGGAUUUUAUGCGUAUUUGUGAUUGUUGGCAAAUACAGUGAUUAUUUUUGCAAUUGCUUUUCUAAAAAUUUCCUGCACUAUUUUUGCCAGAGCAAAGCACUGGGGAAAUGGAGAUAUUUUCUAUUGUGACUCAUGAUUGGUGCAUUAAAAAUUCUUUGCCCUGUAAUCUAAGGGCAAGCAUGUGAGAGAUUGCUGAUUGGUGCUGCUCUUACCUGUUAUUCAUGUCACUGCAUUAUCUACGGCUCAUCUGCUCACUUAUAGUAAUUUAAUUAAUAAGUGUAAGUUUGCAAACAAAAUUUCCUGAAAGGACUGAUAUAAAAACAAACUGUUUAAAGGUGGUAGUUUUCUUUGUAUAAAUUGUAAAUAGGCUCACACUGGCUUUUAGGAAUGAAAUAUUACAUUUACUUAAAAUACAUGUUCCAAAAGUAAACUCAUAAUAUUUACUAAGCUGUUAAUAUUAACAAUGACGUGUAUUAUUGCACAAGCUUUUAAGUAAAUGUGGGGUUUACUUUUUAUUAUAAAACUUUACUGCCCCCUGUAGACCUGUUUAAUAAGAUCUGACCAGAGCGGUAGAGAGAACAGAGUGGCGACACUCCCAUAGGGAACCGUUGGAAAGGGGGCGGGACAUAUUUUCUGCGCAGCUUCCGGGUUGUGGAGCUCUGUAUAGUUCCAAACAUCCCAUAGAGCCUCAUUCAUUUCCACCACUUAUCAAGCAUUUUUAGCUGUAUGUUGCUUUGUUUUAAAAAAAUAAUGAAUUUAAUGUCAUUAAUAUACUUAAUACUGUUAUUGUUUAGCAUUUGCUCAGCACUAAAUGUUACAUGUUUAUCUUAAUUAAUAGGUAUAACCCAAUUUAGCUCAGUCAGUUAAGAUUAAUUAAUGACACACGAGUCUUUUCACCUAAAAUUAGUUGAUUAAUCAAGAGUCUUGUUACAGAAAUGAUCAUAAAACAUUAGAACCACAAUAAAUCAUUAUACUUUUACUUUCAUACUUAAGUACAUUUGAAGGUAAAUUUAGUUUAGUACUUUAGUGGAGGUAAAGAGUAUUUUUACUUUUACUACUACUUUUGCUGGAGUAAUAUGUUACCUUGGAUAUCUCUACUUUAACUCAACUACAUGGUUUGUGUUCCUUCUCCACCACUUACAUUAGACAAAAUGAACUUGUGCAUAUUCAUAAUGAAUUCAUUAAUGUAUUACAUGUAGGAAUCAAUGAUUAAUCACUCAUGAAAUAAGAGAUGAAUGAAGCUUUUUCAUGUACCUGCACUAUAAUGUUAAAGGUACGGUAGUGUGUUUAUCAAUCUGUUCAUUCAGUGCAGGUAAACCUUAUGAAUCCAGCACAUGACUUAGUGUUUAGCCAAAAUGAUUAUUAUUAUGAAUCCUCAGGAAAGUGAAGGGAGAUUAGUUUAUGCAAAAAACAAAACAUAAAAAACUCUUUAAUCCCUGUACUGUAUAUUGUCUCUACUACUUGAUGAUUUUGCAUUAUGUAAUGUAUGCUAAUAUAAUGUACUAUGUGUUAACAAGAACGACCUAUUAACAAGUCAUUAUAAACAUCAAUCUUCCACUUUAUAUACCAAAUUGACAUUAAAGCAGAUGCAGUAAAUGUAAACGCAGUUGAAAAUCCCCAGAAAUUGUACAAAUGUUUAUUAUUUAGCGUUUAAUAUUUAAUUCACUGCUGCCUGUCCCAUAUGAGAACAUGACAGCACUGGGUUUGUUUGGAACUAUUGGAGGGUUACAUGAACCACGUGACCGCGUGGCGGCGAGAUCAAGGAGUGUCGCAACUCUCUCUAUCUAUGGCUCUGGAUCUGACUAUUACGAACUGCUUUUACUAUGUUUUAGUAAUAAUAAUAAUUACUUAUUAUUUUGUAUGUAUGUUGACUAAAUAAACUCUCAUCAGUAAAUAAACUUUCAUAAGUAAUAUGUAUUAUGAUUUAGCUGUUGCAGUAGCUACUAAAAUAAAAAUAAACAUUUUAUGUUUUAAA